CCUGCAAGAAGACUAAACAAGUUCUCAGCCGUUACUGGGAUAUGGGAAUCUGGGACCCACAAGAUCUGGAGGUGACAAGGUUACACUGCUGACAGCUGUAGGAAAAAGAGGUUCCUGGCGGCGCCUCGGGCGCGAAGCCUCCCGGGGGCCGAUCCGGAGGGACGGGGUGGCCGGAGCAGAAUGAACCGGUGACGACUCGGGACAGAAGACUGGCCACCUCUGAGCGGGCCUCACCUGUGCACCGCAGCCCCCACAGCCCCCAGCCCUGCCCCCAGCUACUGCGCGCCGGCAGCCCCUGCCCCACGCCGGGGGGCUCGGCCCGGCUGGAUCCCACCGGGAUGAACAUGGUAAAGAGCCCGGAGCCGCUGGAGCAGCGCUUGGCGGGGAUGGUGGCUGUCCGGGAGACGUCUCCAGCCUGGUCUGCGCUGGGAGAGGAGGGGCCGGCGACUAUGAAAAAGGACAAGAGCCAUGGGCAGGAUGAGGCAGACUGUAGGGCAAAGCUGAUCCUCAUCAACGGGGACAAUGCACCUGGUGUGGUACUGGAGGCGAAUGGGAAGCCCAGCACUCCAGAUUCCAGGGGCCUGGGGCUGCUGCCUGUGAAGAAGAAGGACAGCAAUGGAGACCUCUCCAAGGAGGACCUGGCCUGGCCACUCGAUCUGCCAGUGCAGAGGGCAGGGCGGACCCGGCAGGAGAUGCGGAUCAAGGAACCAGCACGCAGUGUGGAGACUCUCAGGGACCUGCCAACUCCUGUGCGGAGCUCCAGGCGCCGCUCUGCCGUGUCCACACCCGUGACCAUCGACCUGACAGAGGAGGACUCCCAGGACUCAUCCCGGAGCAGCAGCACACUCUCUGGAAGCAGCUCCCAGGAGGGGCAGAACGGCUCUGCUGACCUGGGGGCCGAGGAGGCAGAGGGCAGAGACACGGGCACGGCGCUGGAAUACCAGGAUGGGAAGGAAUUUGGAAUUGGGGAGCUUGUCUGGGGAAAGAUCAAAGGUUUUUCCUGGUGGCCUGCGAUCGUCGUCUCCCACAGAGCCACGGCCAAGCGCCAGGCAGUCUCGGGCAUGCGGUGGGUGCAGUGGUUUGGAGACGGAAAGUUCUCAGAGGUUUCUGCAGACAAACUGGUGGGACUGAUGGCCUUUAGGCAGCAUUUCAAUUCCUCCACGUUCAACAAGCUGGUGUCCUACCGCCGUGCCAUUUACCACGCUCUGGAGGUGGCCCGGAGCCGGUCGGGGAAGACGUUUACAACUGGCCCCAGGGAGUCACUGGAGGAGCAGCUGAAGCCCAUGAUCGACUGGGCAAUCACUGGCUUCAAACCCCUGGGGCUCAAGGGACUGCAGCCACCCAAAGGCUCAGAGAAUGGGGUGCUGAGGAAUGGGACAGAGGAGGUGGUGUCCUUUGAACAGUGUCCCCCCACCAAGAGGCUGAAGACCUAUCCCUGCAACAGCAGCAAGGAGCAGCGUGUGGAAGAGGACCAGACCCGAGAGCAAAUGGUUUCUGAAGUUACGAGCAACAGCGGGAAGCUGGAAGAGAGCUGUUUGUCCUGCGGGAGGAGGAACCCGGCCACCUUCCAUCCACUGUUCAAGGGGGGCCUCUGCCAGACAUGCAGGGAUAGAUUCCUGGAGUACUUCUACAUGUAUGACGAAGAUGGGUAUCAGUCCUACUGCACUGUCUGCUGUGCAGGCAAGGAGCUGCUGCUCUGCAGCAACGCCAGCUGCUGCAGGUGCUUCUGUGUGGAGUGUCUGGACGUGCUGGUGGGGCGAGGGACGUCGGCCAGAGUAAAAGAGCAGGAGCCCUGGAACUGCUACAUGUGCCAGCCCUAUCAGAACCACGGCGUGCUGCAGCGCCGGCAGGACUGGAACACUCGCCUGCAGGACUUCUUCACCAGUGACAAGGGACAGGAAUAUGCUGCACCCAAAAUCUACCCAACAGUUCCUCCAGCGAAGAGGAGGCCAAUUCGAGUGCUCUCGUUGUUCGAUGGGGUGACAACAGGACAUCCAGGAGCGGCCACAUCAAGCGGUGCUGACGAAGGAGACUUGGAGGCUAAAGAGAGCAGUGCCACCUCAGACCUCUGUCCGUUGGCAGGGUACACAGUGCUGAAGGACUUGGGCAUCCAAGUGGAGAAGUACAUUGCCUCAGAGAUCUGUGAGAACCCCAUUGCCACGGGCAAAGUGCGGCCCGAGGGCAACAUCACCUACGUGCGUGAUGUCAGGAACAUAACCAAGAGACAUAUUGAGGAGUGGGGUCCUUUUGACCUGGUGAUUGGUGGAACCCCCUGUGACGAUGUCUCCCUUGUGAAUCCAACCAGGAAGGCGCUGUUUGAAGGAACCGGGAGGCUGUUCUUCGAGUUCUACCACCUGCUCAACUACGCUCGUCCCAAGGCAGGCGAGGAGCGGCCCUUCUUCUGGAUGUUUGAGAAUGUGGUGGCCAUGAGGAUCAACGACAAGAGGGACAUUUCCCGGUUUCUGGAGUGUAACCCAGUUAUGAUUGAUGCGAUCAAGAUAUCAGCUGCCCACCGAGCUCGUUACUUCUGGGGCAACCUCCCUGGGAUGGACAGGAUCUUUGGCUUCCCCCUCCCCUACACCGAUGUCUCCAACAUCAGCCGCGGGACUCGCCAGAAGCUGCUGGGGGGAUCAUGGAGCGUCCCUGUCAUCCGGCACCUCUUCUCCCCACUCAAGGAUUACUUUGCCUGUGAAUAGCAAACGGAGCGUCCCUCGUCUCUCUGGUAAAGAUGCACAGCACCGCUGCUGUGGCGGGAGAGGGACGGGCACGGCCACCUGACCGCCAGGGCCCCGUCCCUCCCCGGCCACGUGCCGCGGGAUGGCAGCCUGGCCCCGCCGGGAGAGCCGAGGAAUGUCUGUAACCAAAGAACCUGGCAGGGCAACUUCUUUAAAGGGACUAACAGUGAUACGUAGGAAAUGAUGGACGAAGCUUUAAUUACCCAGCACACGAAGCUCUAUGCAUCACUGAUGAGAUGGGAGUCUCAUCCUCCAGAGCAUUAACUAUUCCUGUUUAGCCUGGAGCCGGGAAGUCACCACUUGCUGAGCAGCCAGUGUGCGGGCAGCUGCUGGGGAGCUGCAGGCAAACCUGAACUACAGUGAAUUGGUGCUUUUCCUAAACAAACAAAACCUCUUGAAGUAACUGCCAAAAAACCCCCAAACCGUAGCAGCAGGUGUAAGGGACCCUGCUCAGGUUACACACUGAACACAGGAUCAUACAGAAACCAAAUCUUUUUUGUUUUUAUUCUUUUUGAUAAAAUUUAAUUUUGUUGUUUUAAUGUCUAUUGCUGCUUUAAGGCAUUACGUAAGAAUGUGGAGAUUCCUAGACCUGAAUGUAGCUGAAACUGAACUGUGAGGUGAUAGAAUUACUUUUCUAGGUAGAACUAAAGAAAUAUUGUUUUAUAUGUUUGGUUGUAGUUUACAAAUAUUCACUACUUCCUUUUUAAAGCAUCUAAAUCCUCUCCUUACAUUUUAAAAUCCUGCUGAAUGGUUUGAAAGCUUACACAGUAACUGGAGCAGGGAGGAUUUGGGCUCCAGGGUCUGUAAAGGAAAAUAUUCUUGGAGCAUCCAUUUCCCCAGUGAAUGUGGUAUGUCAGCAGGAAGGACAAUGGCACCCUCAAAUCUCAGCACCCCAAAUGUCAUGUAGGAUGUCAUGAACCCAAGCAGUGGUGGCAGGGCAUUCCUUCCAGGGAAAAUCCCACCCAGCCCUCGUGGAGUGCAGGGACCAGGAGUGCAGCACUGCUCUUGCCUGUGCCCUUCUCAUGCUGUGCACAGGGAAUGGGACAGUGAGGCAGGAAAGUACUGCCACUGCUGGGGGGUCUUGGGGCUGUACCUCUCCUCCCCUGUGCUCCCAUCUCCCUGUGCAUCCCUGUGCACAGAGAUGGGAUUGUGUGCCUGGCCCCAGCCUGGCAGCACCCUGGGGGCUCCUGGGGCUGUACCCCCGAACUGGGAGCUCCUGUGGCCACCACUGUGCUCACUUUUGAUUGCCUUCCUCUACUCCCCAGCUUUGCCAGAGUGAUUAUCAUGCUUUCCAUGAAGUCCUGGGCACACUGAGCCUGUGGCCAGCGGGAAGGUGCAGGUGCCAAAACCUUUCGCCAGGUUUUCCGUAGCCACUAGGCUACUGUUCCAGCAGGCAUCUUUGAGGAUUCUGAAUUCCAAUGCACAUUUCAAUGCACUGAAACGACUCCCCCCUUGGUCCCUCUGUCCUCUCCUACCUCUGCUGUCACCUGGCUCUGGGAGAGCCCUUGGGCAUCAUCUCAAAAUUAUUCAGGUUCAAACCAUGAGCCAACCCUCCACCCAAUCAAUGCCAGGCUGCCUUGCUCUCUUGCAAGGUGCUGUACAGCAUCACUGGGAAGAACUUCUCUCCCAGCUCCUUCUACCUCUCUGGCACCCCUGUCCUUGUGGUGGAGGACAGCAGCCUCCCAUUUUCCACCCUUGUGUGCAGUUUUCCAUCCCAGCUCUGAGAACCCUCUUCUCUUGGUCUCCAGUCCAAGGCUGGGCUUGGGAAUGGACAGCAAGGGAAGCCCAGGUAGUUUAAAAGAUUUUUUUUCCCCUGUUUUAAGCUGGAGGUUACUCUUUAGAGAGAACUCCUUGGGGGUUCAUUCUUGGUGACUUGUUCAAGCCACAUGCCUUAGUUAAGAAAACUCUUGAGGAAAGCCAAGCAGGCUGGUCCAAGUCAUUGCUGGCACCUCCCAUGCUUGACCAAGUGCUUGGGGACACGUAGCACCCUCUUGCCACCAGCCCCUGGACUGGGAAGAUGGCAGGGUGGGUUCUGUGCAUGCUGGAGGUGUUUGGGAAGCCUUGGCAUUGCCAGUGCUGCACCAGCUGCUGUUGGACUCCUUGCCAGUCUGUGAUCCUUAUGUCCAGCUGGACCCCAGCCACAACACUAAUUGCUCAUCCCAGGUCCUUGCAGUCCCAGUUUGGAGCCCCAGCGUGGGGCCUGAGGGCCAACAGCCAUCCAGUGCAGGGGCUCAGGGUGACAGCCAUCCUCUGCUCUGGUGGGCUUGAUUUUUCCAGACUGGGCCAACACGUGCCCUCCACUCCAUGGCAUCCCUGAUCUUAUGUACUCCAGAUCUCACAUCCUUUCCUAUCUGAUCAAAAGGAAAACAAAUAGAUGAGGGAAAAAAAGGACUUGGGGAAAGUAAACAAAGAUAAAACAGGAAUGAGAAUUGUCUUGGCAUUAAGCUCUCUUGAUGAGAAUUGUAGUAGACAAGUCUUCCUUGAAAUGUUUUUCCCUCUAAGAGCUGCCUUUUAUUUUGAGUUUAUAAAAUGUUAAGGGAGGGGGAUCUCAGAAAUUCCUUUUUAAUACUUUUUAAAGGUUUCUAACUCUCCCUGGUGCUAUUUUUUUAGGUUAAGGAUUUCUAAUGUUGAACAUGUUGCGGGUUUUUAUACAAUCUUUUAAAAAUGAGAGAAAUGUAUCAUUUUUAACACAUUUCACAGUUUUUGUAUCCUGGAGUGUGGAAA